ACAUUGAGGUGAAUGCUACAAUCAGACUACACCAGACACAAUACUAUGAAGGUGCUCAUGCACACACAUAGGGAGUGUCUGUGUUGUUCAAACUGAUUCAAAGUUACAGGUUCAAAUACAAUGUUUUUUUACCUGCACUUUUCAAAAUCUAAAAGCCUAAAGAGCUAUAAUAAUUGAUACAAGGCUCAAUUUAUGCCAAAUUAAAUAAAACAAACCAAUGUUCAUGUAGUGUUUUUUGCAACAGCUUUGCAGAAAUAAAUGUAUAUGUUCUAUAAUCACUGAACACUUCUUCUGAUGAAUAAGGAACAAGGAAACAUAUAUGAUCUCAGUGUCUGCCCCAGCAACAUUCCUGAAUGACAUUCUUGGGAUGUAGGCCUAUAAAAGGCACAAGAUCUAUGACAUGCAUGAGCCUACAACAGAGAGCCGAAGGUGGAUGCUGAGGAAGAUCACAACUCCUCAUCACCGAUUCUCAGGUUGGUUCAGCAGCUCUUGUUUGUUCAGAUAUAUUUUUUAUAGGUUUAAUCUAAUCUUUCUACUUUUAAACAAGAUUUAAAUCUGAUUCUUUUAUUAAAAAAGAGCAGAACUGAUAAUCAAGUGAAUGUGCUUGAAGAACUUUUGUGUCUUUUUUGCAGAAUGAACAUGUACGUGGGUCUGCUGGCCGUGGGCAUUAUUCUGUGCCUGCAGUGCCAGGUUGAUGCAGAAUCAAUCAGCAAGAGUUUGAUUGUGAAGGCUGUGGCUGAAGCCAAGGCAAAUGUGGAUGCAGCUUAUACAUACUCCAGGCGAAUGAGCAUAGAACGAGUGAAGAGGAGUGGAGCAAGCCCUGGUAGCGUCAUUCCGUUGUUGAAGCAGCCCUCUGGCCUGUCCCGGGAGGCUGUGCGAGCUGCUGACUACAUGCAAAACACACUGAGUCUGCUCAGAGGGGCCCUGGAGAAACGUCAAAAGCGAUCCAUCAAUGCCACAGAUCUGAUCACUGUGGAGGAUCUCAAUGUAAUUGCAAAACUCACAGGAUGUGCCACACAAAUUAGACCACCUUCAUGCAAUGAAGUCCCCAAAAGUUAUCGAACAGCAGCCAGCUCUUGCAACAACCUUAAAAAUCCACGCUGGGGAUCUUCAAACAUUCCUUUCCUGCGCUGGUUGCCUGCUGAGUAUGAAGAUGACCUGACUAGUCCUAAAGGCUGGACCUCUGACCUGAGAGUGAACUACCACCUUCUUCCUCUGGUAAGAGAAGUGUCCAACCGGAUCCUGGCAACAGCUAACGAGGACGUGGAGAGUGACCCUCUCUACAGUCAUCUGGUGACGAUCUUCGACCAGUGGACAGACCACGACCAUACAUUCACCCCACACUCUCCUUCCAUUGUCUCCUUUAAUAACAACAUCAGCUGUGAAACUAGCUGUGCUCGUACUGAACCAUGCUUCCCUAUUGAGAUUCCCAGCAACGAUGAACGCUUCCAAGAAGAUCCAAAGGAAUGCCUGCCAUUCUCCCGCUCUGCACCAGCCUGUGGCUCCGGGAAUACAGGACACAUCUUUGGUGCCAGCACUCUGCGUCACCAGAUGAACACUCUCACGUCCUUCAUUGAUGCUGGUCAGGUGUAUGGUUCUGAUGAGGCAAAGGCUCAGAAGCUUAGAGAUCUUUCUACAGAAGAGGGCUUGAUGAAGGUCAACCCGGAGUUUGAUGACAAUGGCCGGGCCCUUCUGCCUUUCACCGCCGAUAAUGCCAAAAUGUGCAAGACAAGAGCCCGCAUAACCAAAGAUCCCAAUGCUAGAGAGUUGAAUUGUUUCUUUGCAGGUGAUGAUCGUUCAAAUGAGAACAUUGGACUUGCUUCCCUGCACACUCUCAUGGUGAGAGAACACAACCGUUUGGCGCGUGCCCUCGCUAAUCUGAACCCUAAUUGGGAUGGAAACAGGCUUUAUCAAGAGGCACGCAAAAUCAUGGGGGGAUACAUGCAGGUGAUCACAUACAGAGAUUACCUCAGGCACAUCCUUGGCCCUGAAGUCAUGUCCAAGCAACUGUCUACCUAUCCUGGUUAUGAUGAAAAUGUGGAUCCCAGCAUUGCCAACGUGUUUGCCACAGCUGCAUACAGAUUUGCUCAUUUGAUGGUCCAACCAUUUAUGUUUCGUCUUAACGAGAAUUAUGAGAAUCACGCUGACUACCCCACCGAGCUGCUGCACAGAACUAUGUUUACUCCAUGGAGAAUUGCUUUUGAAGGAGGUUUGGAUCCAAUCCUGAGGGGCCUUGUGGGUCGCCCGGCCAAACUGAACACACAGGAUCACAUGCUGACUGAAGAGCUGAGGAAUAGACUCUUUAAGUUCUCUGUGGAUCUGGCUAUGGAUCUGGGAUCUCUGAACUUGCAAAGAGGCAGAGACCAUGGACUUCCUGGCUACAACAAGUGGCGCGGUUUCUGUGGACUCUCACAACCGCAAAAUUUGGAAGAGCUGGCUACAGUGCUGAACAACACAGAUCUUGCCCAGAGACUGCUGGAUCUUUAUGGCACAGCCGACAACAUUGAUAUAUGGCUGGGAGGAGUGGCUGAGCCAUUUGUUGCCGGGGGAAGAGUGGGGCCUCUGUUUGCCUGCCUGAUUUCCACUCAAUUCAAGAGGAUCCGCCAAGGAGACCGUUUUUGGUGGGAGAAUAACGGCGUCUUCACUGGUGCUCAGAGAAGGUCCCUGAGAGAUGCAUCACUUGCCAGGAUCAUUUGUGACAACACUGGCAUCACAGAAGUUCCCAACCAACCCUUCCAGUACCGUCCUCGUGGUUCUGGGUACUCUCAGUGCAAAGACCUCCCAGCAUUUGACCUCAAGCCAUGGGCGGAGAAUUAUAAUGAGCCAACCAGGGCAACAGAACCACAAGGACCCCAAGGGCCCCAAGGACCACCAGGACCUCAAGGCCCACCUGGACCUCCAGGCCCACCUGGGCCCCCAGGCACAGUGGAGAAGGUUGCAUUCUCUGUUCGUCUAGGCAGCAACUUCCCCAAAGCUGGCGCCCCAAUUUCCUUCCGUGAUGUCAUCUACAACGGGCAGAACAGCUAUAACACCAAAACAGGCAUUUUCACCUGCGUGCACCCAGGAGUUUAUGAGUUCCAGUUCCACUGCACAAUAUCUGAUACGGCAGCUAGUGUGGAUCUGCUGCAGAAUGGAGAGCUGAUUCUGCAUUCAUACACCACCCAGCAAAAUGGCUACGUCUCAGCCAGUGGAAGCACUUUCAUCAAACUCCAGCGGGGAGACAAGGUGUGGCUGGUUGCAAACAACGGUGGCAACGGUCUCACUAGUGACAGCUACUUCUCUGGACAUCUGCUGUUCGCUGAGUGAAAGCGCUGCAACAACUGUUCCCUACAUAAACUCUGACUUGGGUCUAAAUUAAUGUAAAUUAAUGUCCACUUAAAAGUCUACUUGUGUUAUUGUACCCAAAAUUACAGAGAAUAAUAUUUUUAAAUGAUCAUCCUUAAUGGUCUUUCUGGUUUUACUGUAUUCCUGGCUUUAUUUGAAGUCAUAAAUAUUUAAUACUGAAAAAUUUCUUUAAAAAAAGGGUUUCUUUUAUUUCACUUAGAAUUAGUCAUACAAAUAUACAAUGCAUUUGGAAAAAAAAGUUUACUUGUAUUUUAGUUCCCUGAAUGAUGAUGGUGUUGUAGCAAAGGUCAGGAAAAUGAAUGUGAACGAGUUGUUAGAGAUUUCUUUGUUAGCUUAAUGUGAGGUACACUCGGGUUUGCGAUGAGUGUAACUAAAUAUUGUUACAUUUUAAUGUAAAUACAUAACAAAAAAAAAGUGAAGACUGGCUUCAGAGUGCUUUGUUUUUCACCCAUUGGAUUUGAGGAAGCGGUUUGCACGGUGUCGUAGUGGUUAGCCCUCUUGCCUCACAACAAGAAGGUCCCGGUUUGAAUCCAGCUUGGAUCUUUUUGUGUGGAGGUUGCAUGUUCUCAUUGAGUAGAUUUUCCUCUGGGCACUUCGGCUUCCCCUAACAGUCCAUAAACAUGGCAAAUAAGUUGA